GUCCGCCCGCCGGAGCCAACUUGCGAUAGGCUGGCGCGCACGCCCUAAGGGGUUAAGCCUUUCUCAUGUUUCCCAGCGGCUUAUAAGGAGGGGAGGCCCGGCCUCCGCCUUAUUGGGUUUAUUCUCUGCCCUCUAACUUGAUUGAGAAUGACCCAGAAGAAAUCACAGCUUUGUUCCAGAGCCAAUGUCUAUACCCAAGUGCCUGAUGGAGGAUGGGGCUGGGUGGUAGCUGUUUCUUUUUUCUUCGUUGAAAUCUUCACCUAUGGCGUCAUAAAGUCAUUUGGUGUCUUCUUUCAUGACUUGGUGAACAGUUUUGAUGAAUCUGACAGCAGGAUCUCAUGGAUAAUAUCAAUAUGUGUGUUCGUCUUAACAUUCACAGCACCCCUGUCCACUGUCCUGACCACCCAGUUCGGACACCGCCUGGUGGUGAUGGCCGGAGGCCUGCUGGUUAGCACAGGGAUGGCGACAGCCUCCUUCGCACAACAGGUUUACCAGAUGUACAUUGCAAUCGGCAUUAUUUCUGGUUUGGGGUACUGCUUGACCUUUCUCCCGACGGUGACCAUCCUGUCACAGUACUUUGACAAGAGACGCUCUGUGGUGACCGCAGUUGCCUCCACGGGAGAAUGCUUUGCUAUGUUUGCUUUUGCACCAGCCAUCACAGCUCUGAAGGAGCACGUCGGCUGGCGCCUCAGCCUCCUCUUCAUGGGCCUGAUGCAGCUGAACAUCGUCAUCUGUGGGGCCCUGCUGAGACCCAUUGUCAUCAGACCUCCUCCGGGGCUGCCCAAAACCGCCGGGUGGGAAAUUCGCAGAGAAGCGCAGUACAUGCUUGAGAAUGAGAAGACACGCACCUCCAUCGAUUCCAUUGACUCAGGAGUAGAGCUCACUACCUCACCUAAAAAUGGGCCUAGUCACGCCAGUGCAGAACCGGAGCCCAAGGGGGACAUACAGCAGAACCUGGUAAAUCCCAGCUCAAAGCAGGGCCCCGGCAGAGCCCCGCUUCUGGACUUCUCCAUCCUGAAAGAGAAGAGUUUCAUCUGUUACGCUUUAUUUGGCCUCUUUGCAACGCUGGGGUUCUUUGCACCUUCCCUAUACAUCAUCCCUCUGGGCAUCAGUCUGGGCCUCGAGCAGCACCGGGCCGCCUACUUACUGUCCACCAUGGCGAUCGCCGAGGUCAUUGGAAGAGUCGGAGCUGGUUUUGUCCUAAACAGAGAGCCUAUUCGUAAGAUCUACAUUGAGCUCAUUUGCGUCAUCUUAUUGACCGUGUCCCUGUUCGCCUUUACUUUCGCUACUGAAUUCUGGGGUCUGAUGUCCUGCAGUAUCUUUUUUGGGUGUAUGGUUGGGACGGUAGCCGGGACGCACAUUCCACUGCUGGCCGAAGAUGACGUCGUGGGAAUUGAGAAGAUGCCUUCGGCGGCUGGAGUCUAUGUGUUCAUUCAGAGCCUAUCGGGACUGGCUGGGCCACCCCUUGCAGGUCUGCUGGUGGACCGCAGCAAGAGCUACAGCAGAGCCUUCUACUCGUGUGCCGCGGGCAUGCUCGUGGCCACCCUGUGCCUGGCACUCGUCAGGCCCUGCAAGAAGGGGUUCUGCCAGCAGCAACAGGAAGGGGAAGAAAAGGCAGAGGCAGAGGCCCAUCGUGGGAAAGCUUUACAAGACAUACCUGAAGACUUUCUGGAAAUGGACCUUGGGAAAAAUGAGCACAAAGUUCACAGGAAACUGGAGGCAGUAUGACAUGCUGUUAGCCAACUGCCUCGGCCGCCCUGUUGGCCAGGGGGGUACGGGAGGAGGGCGUCGGGCCCCUGCUCAGCGCAAACGGAAUGUAGGUGUGAACUCCACUGCCAACAGCUUUCUAUCUUCCUUUCUAAGAUUUCUUUUUUUUAAGCCAAAACAAAACAACCAAACACUCUUCCAUAUGUAAAUGUAGCUACAUCCAGUAUCACUGCAAAGAAGGACUCUGAACGCUCACGGUCCGACUUUAAAACAGUGACAGGAAUUGGCAAAGUAGCUUUUAAAGAGCUCUCGCAUGGGACAGAUGAUCGUAUAAAAUGACAUCUAGCCCAGAUCAGUAAAAUAAGACUGCCCAUUCAAAACGAAAAUUUCUUUAAUCAUUUUGAAUUUUUCUUCAUUUUCAUAAUAAAUUAUUUAAACGUCUUUGAAAAAAAUGCUAAAGUUUCCAUGAAAAAAAUCUUAAUUCUCCAGAUACUCCAAAGAUAUGAGGUAUAGUCUCAGACCAUAUAUCUUGACUAGUAAACAGAAAAAGUAAACAUAGAUCUAAAACAUUGAAGUUCAUAAAUGUGAAGAUUACCACUCUUUCAAUUAAAAAAAAAGAGAAAAAGAUGACCACUCUUUUUUUAUGGCCAGUCAUUACUAGAAGUAUUCCAAUACAAAAUAGAUAGAAUGACAUUAAAAGCAUGUCUCCUUUUGCUUUGAAUAAUUCAAAAUGUGUAAUUGUAAUGUCCUUAACUUAAACCACUAUUUAUUAUUAAGUUAUUCUAGGAUAAUGAAAGUAAUCACAAAGAAAUAAAAAACCUAGCAUCAUUUUUACCUCCUUUCUGCAAUCCCUUGAAUGCCUCAAAGAAUGCUCUUAGCUCAUAAAGCUGUGUUCACAGGAGGCCAGGUUCGAAUGAUUCUUUAAAGGCACUAGGUAAGGAGAAGAGACCGUACCAGCAUCUCUUCGAAUCUGUCUCCAUCACCUAGGGAUACUUGAGGAUCCUCGAUGAGAGUGCUAUCUCACUGAACUGUGGGAGCAUUUAUGAUUAUCUACUUAAACAAUACCAAGCCAUGGAAGCAUUUCUGCAUCUGUCUUACAGAGAGCAGCAGAGGCGUUCACUUCACCGUCACAAGUCGCAAUUUACAUCAGAUAUAACUUAGAUGAGUUAUCGGGUAACGUGGCUUUUUAUUUUAUUUCUGUAGUGACACUACAGAAAUAGUAUUUCUCACUAGCCGUUUUCUGUCCAGGAAAAGGGAGGGUGACAGGUGGACUUCUUACUCACCUGGGAAGAAUCUCAUAUAACAACAGACAAUGGUCAAUGCUUAUUGUUCUUUCACUCAUUUUUUUUUUUUACUGUUAAUUCAGGACAACUCAGGGGGGAAAAUUAGAACAAGUCGAGCUUGGUUACAGGUACACGCAAGCUUGACUAUUUCUCUGCACUGAAAGGAAAGUGGCAUACUUCUGCACCGCCUGCUAUAUUUUGUGUAACAUUUUCUCAGCCAUAGAAAUAGGACAAUCUGUAAGUCUCUGGGGUGGGUGGGGGGAGGAAACGACAAAGUGUCAGUCAGAAAUAGACACCUAAACCAAGGUGGAUGUAGCAAAUGUCACUGCCCGAAAAGGAAGGAGGGCUUGUGGCAGUUCUGCAGACAUGUGACUUCACAGCACUUUACAACAUUUUUGUUUGUUUGUUUUUACUAUGAAUGUUCAAUACAAUUUAAUAUUUAUAUUGAUUUCUGAACAAUCUGUUAAGUCCCUUCUGUUAGCUGCAUGGAGGAGAAAAAAAAAGUAUGCCAAUUUCAACAAUGUCAACAAUCAAGGUUUUAAAUGUUUAGAAAAAAACUCAAACAGGAUUAUUGAUUCUGUUCUGUAUUAGCGGUAUUCUGGUACUUCUAGAUUUUCAAUAAAUAUAUGGCUUUUCUUUCUUUUUCUUUUUUUAAA